CACGCUCUGCCCCACGCCCCUCUCAUAUCCUUCUGUGCCCCACAGCUGCCCCAUAACCUCCCGCUAUGCUCUCAGGGGGUCCUUUUGUGCCCCGUUUCCCCUCAGGAUCAUUUUUUGGGGGGGGGGAGGGGAUGUUCUGUGUACCCCAUGACUGCCCCACAUCCCACAUGGGGAAUGCUGCUUCAGGCCCCGCCUCCUGUCCUCAAGGCACGCCCAUUCCCUUAAGCCACGCCCACUUCUCCUCCUCCCGGCCUCCCAUUGGUGCUUCGUCGUCUCACCCGUCGCCGAUCAGUGACGUCAGAGCGCCGCGCAUAUCGGAGGCCCCAUCCCCGGAGCGGCGGUGUUGGGGCUGCCCCGCGCCGCGCCGGUGCGGCUGUGCGGGUCAUGGCGGGGCCGUGCCCGCUGGUGGAGGACAGCUGCAGCCGCCUCCCGUCGCAGAGCAACGUGUACGGGCUGGCGGCGCUGCCCGGCGCCGGGGGGCUGCUGGCGGCCACGCUGAAGGGCAAAGUGCUGCACUUCCGCUACCAACACCUGCGGCACAAACUGCGGCCCGUGGCGCGGGAGCUGCAGUUCACCUACAUCCCGGUGGACGCAGAGAUCGUCUCCAUCGGCUGCUUCCAGAAAUCGGCCCCGAAACGGGGGCUGGUGGUGGGCAUCACCUUCAUUAAGGACUCCGGGGACAAACCCAGCCCCUUCCUCAACAUCUACUGCGACUACGAGCCGGGCUGCGAGUUCGACCUCGACUCCGUGGCGCAGAGCUGCCUCAACCUGGAGCUGCGCUUCACCCCCCUGCAGCUGUGCCACGCUGAGGUCCACAUUGGGGACAGAUGUGACACCGUAUUCCUGCUGAGCGGCACCGACCCCGGGAUCCAUCUGUACCGGGAGAACGAAGGGCUGCAUCAGUUCGAGGAGCAGCCGCUGCAUGAGCUCUUCCCGGAGCUGCAGGAGCUGCCCAGCAGUGUCCCCGUGGUGUCCUCUCAAUGUCCCCACACCAUCCUGGUGUCCCCACGUCUCCAUCGCGCCCCCCCGCUGUCCCCCCCGCUGUCCCGCAGUGCGCUGUGGUUGGAUGUCUGCACGGUGCCGUCGUCGCGGCGCCGUCUCACGGCCGUGGGCUGUCAGAGCGGUUACGUCCGCGUGGCGCACGUGGACCAGGACACGCGCGCGGUGCUGCAGAGUUGGAGCAUCCAGCAGGACGGCCCCAUCUCCACCGUGCUGCUCUUCCCCCUGGAGGAGCCGGACGACGACGGGGACGUCGCCGGGGGGCACCGCGGGGCCGAUGAUGUGGGGCCGUCAGCGCCCGGCCCGGAGCCCACCCCACACUACAGCCUGCUGGUGGCCAGCACCAUCGAGAUGUCCGUGGUGUACCGGGACGUGCUGAGCCGCGGGCUGACGGAGCAGCUGUCGCUGCCUGGCAGUGACCACCACGACGCGGUGCUGUGCGCCAUGUUGGCCUGCACGGCGUUGGACGGCGGCCGCGAGGUUCUGUUGGGCACUUACGGGCAGGAGCUGCUGUGCCCCAUAGGAGCUGCUGUGCUACGCCUACCGCGGCCGGCGCUGCGGCUUUCAGCUGCUGUGGACGCGGCGCUUCCCCGGCCCGGUGCUGGCGCUGUGUGGGGCGGACCUGACGGGAGAUGGGCUGCGGGAGGUGGCCGUGGGGUGUCUGCAGGGGCUGCACGUCCUGCAGCACAGCCUGGAGCCCACAGCACAGCGCCUGAAGGAGCGGCUGCGCAGGGAGGUGGCACGGAGGGCACAGCAGAGGGGGGGGGAGGGGACCGGGACCCCCAAGUGAUGGGGGUGGAUGGGGUGUGGGGGGGGGGGGGGCACCGAAAGUGGGGCUGGAAAGAGGAGAAACGGCCCCCAAAAGGGCAAAAAUGGCCCCCAAGUGGGGGGGGAACGGCCCCAGAAUGGAGCGAAAUGGGCCCAAAAGAGAAGAAAUGGACUCAAAAAAGGCAAAAAUGACCCAAAACAGAGAGAAAUGGCCCCAAAAUUCAGACGGUGACGCCGACCCUUUGAUACCCCCCCCCACCCCCAGAGACCCCAAUAAACGGCACCGCUCC